AUGCGGAGUCGCAUACGAACGGUAAUGAAUGGAGAGGGACUUUACACACGGCCCUUUCACAUACACGAGAAGAGCCGUAGUCAAGGAGAGAGACGAGUCGAAGCUCUGAUACGAUCGACCCAAAAGAAAAUAGCAGAUGCUCUUCAGCCCCGUGACAGGAUUUUGCCUUGGCUAGCACUGAACGAAGUGUUCAUGGGAGAAUUUUUGGCAGCGAGGCCAAUAACAUUGGUCAUCCAAGUCGCAGGCGAGACGCAUAAGGUCCGGUCUUCCGGUAUAUGCGUUUGCACCGGAUCGGGAUCCCGUUCAUGGUACAAAUCUAUGAACUUUCGGCCGGCCGAUACCGUGCACAAUAUCAUCGAAAUAGCCACCGGCAAGAAAUUGAAGCCGGACGAAACCAACGAUUUAUUGUACAAAUAUCAUCGAGCUCUCAUGUACCCUCCAGACGAUAAACAGAUGACGUACAUGAUACGCGAGAUGGUUCGCACGAUGCGUUGCAAAAUGGGGAAUUGCUGCUCGGAGAGGGAAAAGUGCUACAAGUUGACCGUGAAAUCGGCAGGGUUCGACGCUGGUUUGGUGAUCGAUGGAAGCAUUUCUUUGCCUUUCAACGACGGCACGACCGCCUCGUUUGAGAUCAAGCCUGAAAACUCUCUGAGACAAAUCCUUGUUACGUAG